CUGCCGCGCUGCGCCACCCCGAUGCGUCAAACACUUGACCUGCACUCCGACAGCGGCGGUGGCGUCCCAAUCCUGUCCACCCACCCAAUGCGGCCGCUGAGGAGGAUCCACCUGCUGCUGCUGCUUCUCCUUCUCCUUCUAUCAUCGGGAGGUUGAGAGACCAUGACAUGGAACAGCAGUAGCAGAUUAUAUUUAGUAGCACAAGGAGCAUUUGUGUAGCUGAAAGGAUUUGCCUUCAAUGGAUCUUGAAGCUACUGCUGCUGAUGAAGUAUUCAGUUCAAAUGACGAGAUGCAGACGUUGUGGCCUCUGGGACAAGUAGACCCAAAGAGUGCGAGGUUCCCUUGUUGCAUCGUGUGGACUCCUCUCCCGGUAGUUUCCUGGCUGGCUCCCUACAUAGGGCACGUGGGGAUUGCCCGGGAGGAUGGAACUGUCUUGGACUUUGCAGGUUCGAAUUUAGUGAGUGUGGAUGAUCUUGCUUAUGGUUCUGUCGCCAGAUGCCUGCAGCUUGACAGGGCAAAGUGCUGCUUCCCUGCCAACCUGGCGGCGCACGUGUGUGCGAGGUCCCACGAGCACUCGGAGGCCGGGACGGCGAUCUCGUGGGACGACGCGCUGCGGUCGGCGGCGCGGCGCUUCGAGCACAAGUGCUACAACCUCUUCACCUGCAACAGCCACUCGUUCGUGGCCGACUGCCUGAACCGGCUCGCCUACGGCGGCUCCGUGGGGUGGAACGUGCUGAACCUGGCGGCGCUCGUCUGGCUGCGCGGCCGGUGGCUGGACCCCAUGGCCGCUGUCCGGUCCUUCCUCCCGUUCGCCGUCGUCUCCUGCGUCGGCGUCCUGAUGGCCGGCUGGUCCUUCCUCCUGGGCAUGGCCGCGUUCACUCUGCUCCUGCUCGGCUGGUUCGUGAUCACCGUCUACUGCAUGAAGGGCCUGGUCGGCUGACGCACGCUGACUUGGAGCCGAACGUGUUCAUUUGAAUUUUGAGUAUUCUCUUGUUAGUGUUUAGUGUUUGGUGAGUCAUUAUUCAGCUGUUGCCUCUAACUAUAUGAUCAACAUGUGCCCUCGUCAGUCACCAUGUAAGCAUAGCAUAGAGAUAGAGGCCGCGCCCGCGUUGCAUGUCUCGCGCUGCCAGGAGCUUAGGACACUGGGAACUAGCAGUGUCGCCACCACAUCAUACUUGGUCGGCUAGGGUAAGAGAUUUAGGAAUGAGGAUUAUGGAAUUGCCUCCCACUCAUGCCUCGUUCACUCAAAUGAAAAAAAUACUUUUAUUAUACA